AUGGAUACUUUUAUGUCAAAAAACGUAUCUCCCUCGCCAAAAAAUUUCGCAGCUUUCCUGCCUUGGGCUUGCAGACACCUUGAUAUUGAUACACUUCCUAUCAUCACCAUAGAUAAACAAAAUGACCUCUCACUUGGAUCAGGUAAACAACAAUCAAGAGAUGGAAAAAGCAAAUUUCUACACGAUUUAGCAAUGGACGUCAACUUAGACCAAAGUAGUUCAGCAAGUACUAACUUUGGCAUAAAGCACAACAUCCCGGUCUGCUAUAUUCAGGCUAUGUACGAUAGCAAAGAUAACUUGGUUCAGAUAAAGUUUAACAAAAACACGUACAUUCCAAGAGCGAUCUUGAGAAUACUGUUACUCAUUGAACAAUUUUAUAAAUAUUUGACAGCUAUACACAUCGAUGGAGGAUUAAAAUACGAUGGGCUGUACGAACUUGACAAACUUGUGUCUGCGUCUAAUAUUACUGAAGUAAUUCUUGAUCAUACAGUGGUCAAAGGAGCCCAAUAUCAUUGUUUAUUAGAUCACAAAUCGAAAUUAAAAUAUCUAUCACUAGCUGGAUGUAAGCUUAUGGAUGAUGGAGUGAAAGAAAUUGCUAACAGACUAGUACAUCCCCUAGCAGCUUCAAAAAGUCUCAAAGUAUUAAAUUUAUCAUCUAAUCAAAUCACAGACGUUGGUGCACAAUAUGUAGGUGAUAUGCUUAGAACAAAUAGACAACUAGCUUAUUUAAAUUUAGCUAGUAACAUGAUCACUGAUAUUGGAGCUGACAGUAUUUUAAACAGCUUAGUGCAAUUCCCUCUAACCACUGAUGAGUUGAGAGCUAUGAAACUUAGACAUAUUACUUAUUUAAAACAUAUUUUAAAACAAAGAAAUAUAAAAAGAAUCCCUGUUGACAAAAAGAUUGAUAAAAAGAAAACAGGGAAACCUGUGCCAUUGACAGGAAAAAAAUCCAAAUCUGAAACUAUUGAAAAAGCUAUUAUGACUACGCUCAACCCUGACACUAAAAUAGAAUCUUCCAUUUAUUAUGACCCUACCACUUUUAAUGUAGAACCCUUCAACGAUCCUUAUAGUCUUGAAAAUACAAAUAUUAUCAAUAAUGUUAAGUAUUGUCUUGGUAAUAACACACUGAAUUAUUUAAGCUUAGCAUACAAUAACCUUAGUUACUUUAGUAUAAAAAGAUUGUACAAUGUUUUAUCUGCACAGCGCAGUCAGACUAAAGCACCCAAAGGGUUGGUUAAUGUCUGUAUCGAGGGCAAUAAGAUACCUCAAUGUUGUACGGAAAUGACACUAAUAGAAGAAAUCAUAAAAAUGGGCAUUGGUCCGUCUUUAACGUCAGCGACCAGUACGAAAAGAGCAACUGUUAUUAAAGUUUCUUCAUCUAAACUAUAA